CAAUUUCCUGUGGCCUCAGCAUAGGAAGAAGUCAGUGGAAGUGGCCAGAUGUCUUAUUAAAAAUGUCUUCAGUGUUGUUGGUCUUCCACUUAUAUUACAGCAUGACAAUGGGAAAGAAUUUUGCAAUAAGAUCAUUCGAAAAGUUGUUAGAUUAUGGCCAGGAGAUUGCAAAAUUGUGACAGGUCGUCCACGCCAUCCUCAAUCUCAAGGCCUUGUCGAACAGGCCCAUAGAACUGUACAACAUAUGCUUGCUGUCCGUCGUGCAGAGUAUCCAGGAACGGGAUGGACCAAAUAUCUUUCCUUAGUGCAAUAUGCUAUGAACACACAAAUCCAUAGUGCAAUCAAUGUGGCGCCUGAUGACGUUGUUUUUGGACAGCCCCCAACAGAUGGUGUGUUUCCUGGUUGCCAUAAAGAUGUUGAACCUGAAGAAGAGGAUUUGCUGAAGGUUCUAAAAGAUAUUCCUACAUUGACUGACGAAUAUGGCAACGAUUCCCCUGAUGAAGGAGAUGGUCAUGUGGAGGAUCACACAGUUUCUACAUCUAUAAAUCACUGAAAGAGCUUGCCAAAUUGUCAAUAGUACCAUUAGUUCUCUUCCAGACAACCACAAUGACAAAGACAAUGAUGGUAUAGAAACGUUGUUAGAAGAUAUCCCUACAUUGGAUAAACAUGAUGGCAAUGAUUCUUCUGAUAAAGGAGAUGAAGAUGAUGUGGAGAUGGCCAGAGUUUGUAGAGCUGACAUAACUUGUCAAUUUGGCAAUGCUACCAUCGCCUCUCCUCCAGACAAUGACAAUGAUCGGAGCUCUAAUAUUACAUGAAGAUAACAUUCAAUUCCUUUCAAACUUAAUAUAUGUGUAGAAAACUCAUAUCGUCACUAGAAAAACAAUUUUAAUAAGAAGCACAUUGAUUAAGUGCCAUCUCUAUCAGCCACUUGGAUACGUUGUAAUUCAUUAGCAUUUUCAUCUAAAGUGAGAUACAUAACUAUUAUCGAUGAAUAUAUUAAUAUUAACUACUGAA